AUGAUAGCUCAAGGCAUCCCGAGGCUCAUGAGACCUUUGCUGGGUGGGCUGGCUUUGAGCAAAAUUCGUUUUAUUGCUCUCUGUGGGGUGGCUGAGCAGCGUCACUCACCAGCUACACACAGCUCAGAGAGAGGCUUUAGCUCCACACUCAAGCUCCAGGAUGCCUCUGGGGAGUCCAGCUCUGCAGAGCAGGUGACGGUGCACUUUGUAAACCGGGAUGGAGAGCGGCUUACAGCCACAGCCAAGGAAGGGGAGAGCCUACUGGAAGUGGUAGUCAAUCAAAACUUGGCCAUUGAUGGAUUUGGUGCAUGUGAAGGGACAUUAGCCUGCUCCACCUGUCACCUCAUCUUUGAGAAGGAUGCCUUCCAAAAGCUGGGUGCUAUCUCAGAUGAGGAGCUGGACAUGCUGGACUUGGCAUAUGGACUCACUGAGACAUCCCGGCUUGGCUGCCAGGUGUGUGUCAAGAAGUGGAUGGAUGGCCUGACGGUGCGGGUCCCCAUGGAUGUAUCGGACAUCAGGAGCGAGCUGGAGGUUGGGAAGCAAAGCAAGCAGUAG